CCGGUGUAUCUUAAUCUCCAGUUCCCAUGUACGUCCGAUGUUUCAGGGGAAUGAGCUAUAUUGUUUGGACUUAUUUGUGUUGAUCACGACUCAAAAUUUCGACGCGUUCCGCUCGCGGUCUUUCGCGAGCUCCUCAUAUCUGCUUGCCACCUGCCUAAUUGCUGCAGCGAUGACGAAAUACAUCCUCGUUUCCGGAGGUGUUGUUAGUGGGAUCGGGAAGGGUGUUAUCGCCUCCUCAACGGGCCUGCUCUUGAAAACUGCAGGCCUCAAGGUCACAGCUAUCAAGAUAGAUCCUUAUAUGAAUAUAGAUGCAGGUACUAUGCGACCGACAGAACAUGGUGAAGUCUAUGUUCUCAAUGAUGGGGGUGAGGUAGAUCUAGACUUGGGCAAUUAUGAAAGAUAUCUGGACGUCACACUAUCCAAAGACAAUAACAUUACUACGGGUAAGAUCUAUCGCGAAGUUAUUGACAGGGAGCGGAGAGGGGAGUACCUUGGAAAAACGGUCCAAAUCGUGCCACACGUAACGAAUGCGAUCCAAGAUUGGAUACAACGUGUUUCAAAAGUGCCAGUGGAUGAAUCAGGCGAGGAACCUGAUGUAUGUAUUGUAGAGCUUGGCGGCACUGUCGGAGACAUCGAGUCGGCGCCGUUCAUAGAGGCAAUGCGCCAGUUCCAAUUUCGCGUUGGACACGAUAAUUUCGCAUUAAUUCAUGUCUCGCUUGUUCCCGAUAUGCAUGGCGAGCAGAAGACGAAGCCAACUCAAACUACUGUGCAUGCACUACGUGGGCUUGGUUUACUACCCGACCUAAUUGCAUGCCGGUUAUUGGGUCAUAAACCCCUCGAACCCUCUACCAAGGACAAAAUCUCAAUGUUCUGUCACGUUGCGUCGGAGCAGGUGAUAGGUGUCCAUGAUGUCUCAUCUGUCUAUCACGUCCCUCUGCUCUUGCAAUCACAACAAAUUAUCGAUUAUCUCCGCAAGCGGCUCAAUCUCGCAAAUUUGAACAUUACAGAGGAGUGGAUUUCCAAAGGGCUAUCUUUGGAAGCGAGUUGGAAAGGCAUGACGAAAGGGCAAGAGCGCCUCUUCGAUGAGGUCAAAAUUGUUCUUGUCGGGAAGUACACCGACCUGAAAGACUCGUACAUGUCUGUUGUAAAAGCUCUUGAACAUUCUGCAUUCCGCAUUCGCAGAAAACUCACUAUUCAGUGGGUUGAAUCAUCGGACCUGGAGCCUUUGACACAGGAGUCUGAUCCUGCCAAAUACCACGAUGCAUGGCGAGCAGUCGUUGGUGCUGGCGGUAUUCUGGUUCCAGGUGGCUUCGGGAAGCGCGGCACGGAGGGCAUGAUUUUGGCUAUCAAGUGGGCACGAGAGCAGAAAAUUCCUUUCCUUGGAAUCUGCCUGGGCUUCCAGAUGGCUGUGGUCGAAUGGGCACGUAGCGUGCUCGGCAUACCCGAUGCUCAAUCGACCGAGUUCGUUCCCGACACUCCAAAUGCUUUUGUCAUCUUCAUGCCAGAGAUCUCACGCACUCAUAUGGGUGGAACAAUGCGCCUUGGUCUUCGACCCACUGUAUUCGACCGUAAUUUUGAGACUUGGUCCAAGGCUCGCAAGUUAUAUGGUGGCACUGAAAAAAUGUGGGAGAGGCAUCGUCACCGAUAUGAAGUCAACCCAGAACAGGUGCAGCGUCUGCAGGAGAGCGGUCUUUCAUUCGUUGGCAAGGAUGAAAAAGGGGAGAGAAUGCAGAUCCUUGAACUCAAAGAUCACCCGUUUUUCAUGGGUUUGCAAGCUCAUCCCGAAUUGUGCUCGAGACCGCUCAAUCCUUCACCGCCCUUCUUAGGCUUCAUUGCAGCGUCUUGUGGACAAUCCGAUCUUGAGGAACAGAUCCAGGAGCAACUAAAAUCCUUCCGCCCACCUCACCCCGAACACUCGAUGGUUAGUGAAGAGGUACUGAGGACAAGUACGGAGGAACAUCCGAUUGCCAAUGGCGUCGGAACUAUGACUCCACCAACCGACUAAAAAAUUAGUAAAGACAUACAUGUUGUCACCCAUAAAUUACUAUAUGCCCAGAGUGGAAUCAAUGCCAUUGCAAACGUUCUA